AUGAAGACCAUGAAGUCUCGUCGACCCGGAGGCGCAUCUGGCGGGGGCAUCCGCAAGCGGGGCCCAACCCGAACCGAUCGAGAUGGUGAUAUGGAGAUGGAUAAUAGUGCGCGCGGGGGAAGGCGAGGUCGCGGCGAUUCUGGUCGUCCCUCUCGAGCAGGUGGAGGACGGUCUUCUGGUGGAGGUCGACCUCAAACACGCGACAGGACUUUGAACGCCAUUCAACAAGCUAUCUCCGAAAACAACAACAAAGGUUCUGCCCAGGCCAAUGUCCGACAUGGCAAGGGUGGUAAGGGAAACAGCACGCAAAUCAGCAUCACUGGUUGGAAGAAUAGCAACGCCUCUACCAAACGCGAUGGUGGUGUUGAGAACCUCAUCUCCUUCUGCGAACGAAAAUUGAAUUCGGCACCUAAAGGAUCCCGCUUCAAAGUCACAAAGUCGCGGGUUGAAGGCGAUAUCCUCGUGGUUUCCGUCCACCCCGAGUGGACCGAGCGCCUGCUUCAACUCAAUGGCAAACUUUUUGCAGGCGUCAACAUUACCGUCGAGCUUUACGAUUCUUCAACCGCGGUACUUGGUCAGCAACUUGCCACCUCCGGCGGCGCAUCAGCUUCGACAGCAGAUACCAAGCUCAAAAUCACUUCGAUUUUAGGCAAACGCUUCAACCCUGCGGCGAAGCUCCUGGACUUGUCGAAACUUGUCGACGAUACCGAUCUCCAGGCCAUGGGUAUCUUCAACAGCACCACAACCCAGUCAAAGUUCUUUCCUGCCAUGAUGAAAGUAUGGGAAAUGCAAUUCACCAGCUCCUCCGAGCGGCGAGAGGCAGUAGAGAGUGUCAGCUUGGCCCAGAACCAGCUCGCAAAUGUCUCCGUUGUGACAACCAUGGCUCAGACAUUUGCCGACAUCAAAAAUUUGGACCUUUCAAACAACAACUUCAAGGAUUCUCAAUCCAUGAUCGCCUGGCGGUGGAAGUUCCGUAACCUUGAGUUUCUGGAUCUGACUGGCAAUGACUUCAGCUCCAAGCCAGACUUCAAGGCCACAAUGCUCAAGUGGUACCCAAAAUUGCAGACUUUGAACAACGUCCAGGUUCGUACUGCAGAGGAAAUUGCCGCUCAGAAGAAGACCCCCAUCCCUAUCCAGGCACCCCACUUCCAAGAUGAUUCUCAAAUCGCCGAGAAUUUCAUCCGAACCUUCUUCGCUAGUUACGACAAUAACCGCAACGAUCUCAUCAACCAAUUCUACGACGAAAACUCCAAGUUUUCUUUGAACGUCAACGUCCAGGCCCCCAAAGUUCAGCAAACCGAAACAGCGGGCUGGGACGCAUACAUCAAAAGGAGCAGGAAUCUUUCCAAGAUCACCCACUUGAGUGCUCGUAUGAAUCGCAUCUACACCGGUCCCCUAAAAAUCGGCGAGAUGUGGAAUAGUCUUCCUCAAACACGUCACCCCGACAUGGCCACCCAACCCGAACAGUUCCUGGUCGAGUGCCACCUAGUGCCUGGUCUGCCCGAUCCAACAGGACAGAGCCCUACCGGAGUCGGUGGCCUCAUUAUCACCGUACAUGGAAAGUUUGACGAAAGCGUUGAUGGCAAGGUUGAGACGCGCAGUUUCGACAGGAGCUUCAUUAUUGGUCCAGGACAUGGCCCCGGUGGUAUUCGCGUCUUGAAUGAUAUCUUGUGCGCUCGUGCCUACGGUGGCCACGAGGCAUGGAGUCCUGAGAGCCAGCCCAUUCCCCAAGCCAUGGCUCCGAUACCUGCUAUUCCCGCCAACCCUGCUGCUUCCAUUGCACCAGCUGCGGCGACGGCGCUACCCGGAUUCCCCGAAGGAUACGGUGCUCCGGCGCCUGGCAAAACCGAGACUCAAGUUCAGCAAGAACAGCUCGUCAUCCAGAUCAGCACGAAGUCCGGCAUGACUCUUCAAUACUCGGAGAUGGCUCUCUCCGGUAAUGGCUGGAAUCUCGAUGCGGCUUGGAAAAACUUUGAAGAACUCAAGGCGCAGGGAGCUUUACCCCCUACUGCUUUUCUCAAUGGAGGUUAG